CUCCUUCUUCUUUCAUUUAGCAAGAGCUGGGAGUAUUGACAAAUCGACAUUAAACAUGAAAAUGAGUUGUUUAGCAAGAAUGAGUCAAGUCGUAGUUCAAUAAGCAAAUAGAAACGAAAUCAGGACACAGAUACGUGAACGAAUGUUGGGCGGGUAAAUAGAGAUAGAAGAUGGCAGCCCCCAGAGAAAACAUGACAAUGGUGGAGACUUAUCUCACUAACGGAGAUGACAGGAUGCGUGGCUGGCCAUUUAUGGACAGUCCCGUGCCAAUACUGACCAUAUUCUUUCUCUAUCUGCUGAUGGUCAAACAAGGGCCGAAGGUCAUGGAACAACACAAGCAACUACAGGUUCAGACACCAAUGGUGGUAUACAAUCUGAGCGUUAUGGUGCUGUCUGUAUAUAUAACAUUGGAGAUACUGAUCGCAGCAGUACAGUCCUCCUAUAGCCUGACGUGUCAACCAGUCGAUUACUCGGACGAUACUCGAGCAGUGAGGAUGAUGAAUGCUUGCUACUUGUAUUUCAUUUCCAAGAUCAUCGAACUUUUAGACACAUUUUUCUUCAUUGUACGGAAGAAAGAGAGUCAGUUAACAUUUCUACACGUCUAUCAUCAUUCCAUUAUGUUGCUACACACUUGGUGGUUCGUCAAGUUUGUACCAGGGGGUCAAACUUUUAUGCUUGCACUCCUGAAUUCCUUUGUACAUGUUUGGAUGUACGCCUAUUACGGAUUAGCAGCCAUGGGUCCACACAUGCAGAAAUAUCUUUGGUGGAAGAAAUACCUGACCAAGUUACAGUUGUUUCAGUUUGUGUUGACUAGUUCCCACGCCCUUUAUAACUUCUGCUUUGGUGACUGUGGUUUCCCGCGGUUAUUUUCACUGUCGAGCGUCAUUCAGUCCAUAAUUUUCUUCAGCCUCUUUAUGAACUUCUAUAUAAAGGCCUACAAGAAAAAGUACAGCUGAUUUGGAAACAAAACGGUCGAUUUUCUUACAAAUCUGUGCAAGAAGUGACACAUACCGCUAGUAUGUUCAUCAAAAUGGUGCGUUUUUCCCAUGAUUUAUUUUCCUAUGGGUAACCUAACUAUUAUUAAAUUUCUCCAGUUUUUACUUUACUUUUGUUCUUAAGUCGGAUAUAUACUGAUCCUCUAAAAACUCCAAAAAGAGGUUCUUUUGUUCUUGUUUUUCCAUGCAUAGUAAAAAUAAAGUGUUACAAUGUCUUCUGAAAAAUAAUGCAUGAUUUCUUUAGCCAUUUUAUGAUUGCAAAUUCGGUUUGCACACUAGCAUUUUGUCUUAGACACUUGUCUGUGUCAGAGAGUCGUGAAUAAUGACUGUUUCCGUAACACUGCAGAGCGAAUAAUCUUUUGAAAAAAGGCUUUCUGUGAAAGUCUGUCACACGUUGAUACAAAUGUAUAAACAUGAUGCUUAUUUUGUUUUUUGUGUUCAUUUUAAUUUAUCAGAGUUGGUUAUUUUUUCAUAAUCUGUUUUAUGUUUCGACUCAGUAUCGUUUUAUUUAUCUUAUUUUGGUUAAGUGGGUUAAUGUACAUACUUAAUGCACUUUUUAAAUACUCUUCUGACACAAGAUAUAUUUCAAUAUUUUUUUUCAGUGUGCAGUGAUCUCUGCAGUGUUUACUAGUAAUUGCUUACAUUGUUUUGAAAAUUAAUAUAUACAAACACAAAACUAAAUGUGUACAUCCAUAUUUGUUUUUGUGUAUUCUUUUAAUUAUAGUAAGCGCUUAAAAACGACGAAAAACGGUAACGCUUAUCCAUUCUGCUGCUACUGGUUGACGUCACUACUAAAACACCCUAGGAUAACUUAACCGCCAUUGCUGGAUAUCAAAGAUGGCGUGCAAAGCGAAUUAAGACGCAUAAUGAAAAUGUACCUUUAGAUGCAUAGUUAUUUUAGUUGCUUAUUCUUAUUUUUUAUAAAGAAUUCAAGUAUUUUUUAUGUCUACGUGCCAUGACGUGUGCUUAUCUAUUUAUCAAAAUGUUAGUUUUAUUAAAAUGUUUUUAAGAA